AUGCGACCAACGAGAGAAACCUCAGCUUCAGCAGCAACUAUAGAACAAAAAACCAAAAUUUUACGUAUAACACUUGCUGCUACAGUUCUUUCAUUCGUCAUUUUCUUAAUAACACUUACAUCGAGCCAUUGGGUACUUGUUACGUAUCCACCACCUAGUUUUUUUUCUAUACGACAAAAUAUGUUUGUCAAUCAAUCUAGAUAUGGUAUUAUUUGGGAGUGUUUAAAAUGUCGACCUAAUGAAUCUUCUGUAUUUGAAAAUAAAUGCGAUUUUCAUCCGAGUCAUGUUCCAAAUACAUCGUUACCAGCUGAACAAACACUUAUUGGAAUGACUCGUACAAUGCUUUCAUUUAGUAUUAUUCAUAUACUACUUGUAAUUAUUACAUUUAUUUGUGGAUUGUAUAGUAUUCGUGAUUAUCGAUAUACUUAUAAACGAUUAACAGGCAUGAUUUAUAUUUUAUCUGCUGCUGCUCUUGUUGUUUGUAUUGAAGUAUUAAGUACAAUAUUUCGUCAUUCAGUUGAACACUUAUCUUAUAUUUAUCCAACAGGAACAAAAUGUUCAUAUGGUGUAUGCUACAUAAUUGCUUGGAUAAUUUUUAUUCAAUUACUUGGAUCAUCGUUUAUCUUUUUUGCUUGUAGCAAGAAACGAAAAGGUACAUUUGAUGAAGCUACAGAAGAAGAAGCCUUAGCUAAUCGACCUGUUGAUCUUGGUCGAUCAUUUAGAUAA